GGGGGGGCCAUCCUCCACAAGCUCCUGCCACCACACCCAGGACUACCCCUUUCCUGCCUUCCUGGGCUAUAAAAGGCAGCCGUGCUGGUACGCUCCCCACCCCACUCCUGACACCCACUCUCGCUCCUUUGCUGCCCGGCGCCCUUUCUCGAGUUAUACCAACAUGGCCUUCAUGCCUGUUCCUGGCUAUCUGCCCCACUUUAACCCGACUCUCCCCUACAAUAGAGAGAUCCCAGGGGGGCUGCGGACAGGAAUGUCGGUCUACAUCCAAGGAGUGGCCAAUGAACACAUGAAAAGGUUCUGUGUCAACUUUGCGGUGGGGUCUCGGUCCGGGGGCGACAUCGCCUUCCACUUCAACCCACGCUUCGACGGGUGGGACAAGGUGGUUUUCAACUCGAUGCAGAAUGGGAGCUGGGGGCAUGAGGAGAAGAAGAGAAGCAUGCCCUUCCGGAAGGGGGCCGCCUUUGAGCUGGUCUUCAUGGUCAUGAAUGAGCACUAUAAGGUGGUGGUAAAUGGUAGCCCCUUCUAUGAAUAUGGACAUCGGAUCCCGCUACAGAUGGUCACCCAUCUGCAAGUGGAUGGAGAUUUGGAGCUUCGGUCCAUCAACUUCCUUGGAGGUGGCCCUCCCCCAGGCCAGAUUCCUAUGCCAAUCCCAGCAUACCCAGGCCCAGGACACAUUCAUCAUGCAAAGCCACCCUGUGAAUUGCCGAACAUGGAAGGGCCACCAGUCUUCAAUCCGCCCGUGCCAUUCUGCGGGCGGAUCCAGGGUGGCCUCACACACCGAAAAACCAUCGUGAUAAAGGGACUGGUAUCCCAACAGGCCAACAGUAUCACCAUCAACUUUAAGGUGGGUGAUUCAGGGGACCUGGCCCUGCACAUUAACCCCCGGAUAUCUAAAGGUGAAGUGGUCCGCAACAGCUUUAUGGGUAACACGUGGGGGGCCGAGGAGAAGAACUUGCCCUUCAACCCAUUCACUCGGGGCGAGUACUUUGAUCUGUCCAUCCGCUGUGGUCAGGACCGCUUCAAAGUCUUUGCCAAUGGCCAGCACCUCUUCGAUUUCCCCCACCGACUUUCUGCCUUCCACAAGGUGGACACAGUGGAGAUCCAGGGAGACUUGUCCCUGUCCUACGUUCAGAUCUGAACCCACAGCAAGGAGAUGGCCUGGCCCAGACAAGCUUGGCUCUCAGUGUAUGCAUGUCUUUGUGUCUGGGAGAGCAUUGGUCACUUUCCUUUUCAUUUGCUUCUUUGUGUAUUCAUUUGGUCUCUUGUUCACUGGCUCCUAGAUAUCCAUUUAGGAUCACAAAUAUGUAUUAAGUACCUGCUGUGAACCGGGCGCCUUCCUAAGUCUGAGGAAUACAAAGACACAAAUGCCCUCAUUUGUACACAGAUAAGUAAAUUCAAAGUAAUUUAGGGCCUAAGGAAGAACACUCAUGACCAAGUAUUCAGAAAAGAGCACGGUGCCUGGUACACAGUAGGCACUUAAUAAAUGUUGAUUUAUAGGAAUGUCUAUUAUAUGCAAGGUACUUUAUGAAUAUUAUCUAUUUGAUCCUCCUGACAACCACGGGAGGUAACUGCUAUUAUAAUUGAGGAAAGUGAGGCAAAUAGAGGUUAAAUGGCUUACCCACAGUCACAUCACCAAUAAGUGAAUAAAUGUCUGA